UAGCUAGUACUUGCACCUACGUCAUGUCACCACCUACAUUGUAUCACCAAAACAACAAUCUGUGCCACCACUCAGCAAACGUCCGUAACCAGUCUACCCAAAAAUCCCACCUCAAUUAACGGGAUUAACCCCUGCCGAACUCCCCCAACCCUGUAUCUUCACAGUCACAAGAGGAGGAAGAGGAAGCCAUAUUCGUAGUGACAAGGUAGUAGCCGCGGCCAGGCAGCUCAAUUCAAGUGCGUCAGCAGUCUGCGUCAGCGUGCCGUCAAUCAAAACAUCGGCAACACCCGCCCCCGGCUAGAGGAACACGCCGCACAAUUUUGGUUUGUCACCUGCACUAUCACUAAAGUAAGACGAAACGUUGUUCCAUAUUUAGUACAUGUACCGUCGAAACCCCCCACUUCAAAUAACAUUCUCACCCUCGUCUCCCAUUCUCCACUAAAUUACCCUAAUAUAAUCGCCACUUCAUUUGUUCUUAAUCCCUUACACGGAUUACAUUUAAAUUCCUAUCCCUACUCUCUUGUAAUCCAUACCGUUCGCCUUCAGCGCUCCUCCCCUCCCCGUUCACCAGCCCUACCCCUCUUUCGCCUGCGGCAGCCACGUCUUGCUGAUCCCAGUGAUAUGUGUCGCCAUCUGCACAUCUGCUGAUCCCAGUCAUUUAUGCCCUUGUACCGAACCAAUCUUUCCUCAAGCGAACUCACGACUGCUUCACACCCAAGCUUGUGCCGGAGAGCAGAGAGAAUUGCGAUGCUACUCCCUUGCCUAUGUGUCUUGGGAGGUGUUCUCCUGGUCCUCCCCACAAAUGCCACGAAGCAGCCCUCAUAUGAACAACACCUACGUGUGGGGGCAAUCGUGGAGCCAGACGGCCCCGUGAUGGUGGUGGAGGACGUGGUCGAUGUCCGCAUUACCCUAUGCGAUUUUCAAAAGCUGGAGCGACUCCAUAUACCCCAGUUCCGGCGCCAGAUCCAGCAAGCGGAAGCGGUUCUCCAGCAGACAUCGGACACAGUUCAUAAACUAAACCAUCCACUCACGCUGACAUAUUUCUCUACUCUCAUGCUAUCUUUCCUAAAUAUCCAACAAUCCUUUGAUAGUCUGUUAGAAUGGACCCCUUUUUCAACUUACCUUAAAACACCAGUAGCCCACGCCAGGUCCAAGCGUGGUCUCAUCGACAUUGGUGGGAGAUUGUUAAAAGGCCUCAUUGGUACAGCUACAGAAGCCGAUGUUGCUGAAGUUCACGAUCAGUUAGACAAAUGGGGUACUAUUUUGAAUAACCAGGCCAUUGUUCUCAGUUCCCAAAACAAAGCUAUUGAGACGGUUGUUAGGACUCAAAAAGUUAUCAUAGACCGCCUCAACAACUUCACAUCCCUCAUAACCCAGCUUCAGCAGGUCCAACACCAGUACUUAUUGGCUCACCAUUUGGCUUUAAUGGCAGCAAACCUCAGAGCUGUCUACCUUGCAAUCACAAAUUUUAAAUUAGCACUGCAGGACACAUUUACACUGCUCAGAGACGUGUUAGAUGGUGUUGUAACCCCUUCCCUUCUCACCCCUACCGAACUUAUGCAUGUCAUUGAUUGGGCCAGAACAGAAAAAGGCUUAACUCCUGUUUUCAGUGAGACCCAGGUUCAAUAUUAUUAUCCCUACAUGGAGGCAACAGUGACUACAUAUGGUAUCUUGGUGCAUAUACCCUUUAGGUCGCCAGAUAUGUUCACUAUCUAUCACAUUCAUCCAUUCCCUACAGUUGUCAAUUCUUCCAUCUACCAACUAUCUACAUCUCAUACCACUCUCUUGGUUUCAUCAGAUUUCAUGCACAUUGCUUUUCCAGCUGACUUUCAUGAUUGCCAUAUCACCCGAUUCCAGAUGUACCUUUGCCCUGCUUACCAGUACGUCUUUUUGCCUACCAGCAAUUAUCCUUGUGAGAUGGGUCUAGUUAGAAACUCCCCAAUUGAAUCUCUGUGUGUUUUCACCCCAGUCGAGGAUACCACCAUCUUCCACCUUAGAGUGAAACCCUGGCGGUACUUCUAUUUCCAUCAUUCCAAUGCUCUUACAGUCACUUGCCCUGGAUCCCGACCUAGCAACACCGCUGUCCACGGCUCCUUUGUCAUCUUGGAGGCGUGCAGUCUCACAUCCCACAACCUGACAACUAAACAAUCUAACCAUCUAUUGCUCAACCAAACCUUUCAUACCUACAACCUCAAACCCUUCAACUUGCCGGCACCAACAACUCCCCUACAACUCAAACCCUUACACCCACUAGGAGACACCUUAACCAAACUCAUUGCACCAAACAUCACCCUACAACCCAUUUCAUCUCUCACCAUAUGGCCAGACCUUCGCCCCGACACUGUAUACCCCAUCCUCGCGUCACUGACUACAGUACUCACGCUUACUGUGAUCCUAGCUACCCUACUCAUUUGUGUCUUCCACCGCCGCUACGCCUUCCUGCGUCGAGCCAUCCUCCAGCGCACCUUACAGCCAGCAACGGCAUAGACCAUGUUCCCAUUGUCCUAUAAUAUA